CAUCUGUGUAGGUCUCGGGUGGACCAGUCUGGCUCGUAGAGAGGAAAGGGGGUCCAACCGUUGCGAAGACAGCAGCAGCCGUGUUGAGCGCGUCUCGGCCCGAUUUCCGGCCAAUCGAUUGCAGAGCGAUGUGCUGUAUGAGCCAUGCAGAGUCACAGGGCAUAAAUAAGAGAGCUACUGCUGCUGCUGCUGCGGCUGCUUGCGUGUUGUCAGCCACUAUUAUUGCCUUUUCUUUCACUCAUCCCCCAACUCUCUCCCACUGCUCUUUGUUCCCAGAAAAACAUGUCGCCCACACCGUGGUGGAGAAACGCUACCAUCCACCAGAUCUACCCGGCCAGCUUCCAGGACUCCAACGGCGGUGGCAUAUGCGACCUCCCCGGCAUCCCGGCAUCCUCAGCCAGCUGGACUAUGUCCAGUCGCUGGGGAUGGACGCCACCUGGGUAUGUCCGAUGUACGACGGCCCGCAGUACGACACGGGGCUACGACAUCCGCGUCUACGAGGCCGUGUACGCGCCCUACUGCACGGCGGCGGACGUCGAGGCCGUAAUCGCGGGUGCCACGCGCGGGGGCUCCGCAUCCUGCUGGAUCUCGUCAUCGAUCACAUCUCACACGAGCACGCCUGGUUCCAGGCCUAACGCUCCUCACACACCGACCCCAAACGCGACUGGUACAUCUGGCGGCCGCCGCGUUACAACCUGGCCACCGGCGCUCACAGCGCCCCCCCGAACAACUAGCGCAGCUUCUUCGGCGGCAGCGCGUGGACCUUCGACUCCACCACCAAAGAAUACUACCUGCACCUCUUCGCGAGCAGCAGCCGGACCCCAAUAUGCUCGCCAUGCUGGUCGCCAGCCUCUCCGGGACCCUGUUCCUGUACCAGGGCCAGGAAAUCGGCCUGGUCGACGCCCCGCCCGCCUGGGACGCCGUCUGCUAUCGUUUUUCUUACUCGAAGGCUAGACUUGGCCAACUGCAUUCA